AGCGCAAGGCAGGGAGUGUGUCACAAAGGGCGGUCGCUAGGGAGACGGGGUGGCAGAGAGCCGACAGGCAGUCAGGCAGAUACAGCCAGCGAGCGGCGGCCAUGGGCACCUUAGUCGGGGCGAUUGACCAGGGCACCAGCUCCACCAGGUUCUUACUCUUCAAUCCCAAGACGGCUAAGGUUGUGGCUGAGCAUCAAGUGGAAAUUACACAGCACCUUCCAGAUGCAGGAUGGGUGGAAGAGGAUCCCAAGGAAAUUUUGCAUUCAGUUUUUGAAUGUAUUGAGAAGACAUGUGACAAAUUGAAGCAACUUGGCAUAGAUAUUUCCAGUGUUAAAGCAAUUGGAGUAAGCAAUCAAAGAGAAACAACAAUCAUGUGGGACAAAAUGACAGGAUAUCCGCUCUACAAUGCAAUUGUGUGGCUCGACCUCAGGACACAGGCAACUGUGGAAAAGCUCAUCAACCAAGGACCAAAGAAAGACAAAAAUAUUCUUCAGCCACAAACUGGUCUCCCGAUUAGCACCUAUUUUAGUGCUGUGAAACUGCGUUGGCUCCUUGACAAUGUGGAAGCAGUUAAACAAGCUGUAGCCAAACAACGGGCUAUGUUCGGAACAGUUGAUUCUUGGCUGAUAUGGUGUUUGACAGGUGCAAACAAUGGUGGUGUUCACUGCACAGACGUGACCAAUGCGAGCAGAACUAUGCUAUUCAACAUCAACACUCUUCAAUGGGACCCUGAUCUCUGCAGCUUCUUUGGCGUUCCAAUGAGUAUUCUCCCAGAAGUAAGAAGUUCGUCGGAGGUUUAUGGAAUAAUGAAAUGUGGAGCGCUAGCAGGUGUACCCAUUUCGGGAUGUUUAGGCGACCAAUCUGCUGCCUUGGUUGGACAAAUGUGUUUUAAACCUGGACAAUCGAAGAAUACAUACGGUACAGGUUGUUUCCUCUUGAGUAACACAGGUCAAAAGCCUGUGAUGUCUCAGCAUGGCCUUCUGACAACAAUAGCCUAUAAAUUGGGCAAAAACCAGCCGACAAUCUAUGCACUGGAGGGAUCAGUUGCUAUUGGCGGUGCUAUAGUGCGCUGGUUGCGAGAUAACCUUCGUAUAAUCAGUUCAGCGGAUGAAGUGGAAAAACUUGCUGCAUCAGUGGGUUCCUCUCAUGGCUGCUAUUUUGUGCCAGCCUUCUCAGGGUUAUAUGCGCCAUAUUGGGAUACAACAGCAAGAGGAAUAAUAUGUGGCAUAACCCAGUUUACAAGCCGAAAUCAUAUUGUAUUUGCUGCAUUAGAAUCUGUCGCCUUUCAAACUCGCGAGCUUCUUGAAGCCAUGAAUAAAGACUCUGGCAUCGUUCAGACUACUCUCAGAGUGGAUGGAGGAAUGACCAAAAAUAAGAUAAUGAUGCAACUUCAAGCAGAUAUUCUCGGUAUUUCAGUUGCAAAGCCGGCAAUGGCAGAAACGACAGCGCUCGGAGCGGCCAUGGCUGCCGGUGCUGCAGAGGGUAUUGGCGUCUGGAACCUGUCCAGUGACAGCCAAUCAACGACAUCCUGGGAGACAUUUGACCCACAGAUCGACAUUGAAGAAAGUGACAAACGGUUUCGUCGCUGGAAGUUGGCUGUGCAAAAAUCAAUGGGCUGGGCAACGCAUGACAUUGAAAGUGACUAUGAUAAUUCAUAAAGCUGAAGGAAAUAAUGUAAAAGGAUGGAAAGAUGCCAUUCGGUGCUUUGUAAUCUUGCAGCUCCGGAUGGUCUACAGUUCUCAAGAGCUUCCAGUCAACUGUCUUCCUCAUGAAUAAUUUGCCUUUUGGUAUUUGGAUACAGCAAAUCAAAAGUAAAGCAUUAAUUGAAAGUGCCUUUCGGAUAUUAACGAGAUACAGAUAUAGGUGCUGGUACUUUAAUUACAGAGUCCAAUGGAGAAAAGACACCAAGUUUUAAAAUUAUUUUGGACAAUUAGAUUGCGAAACAGGAUAAAAUAUACAGUAUCAUAGUGGAAUUAUCGAAUGCACUGUAUAAAAUUAAAAAUUCAGGACUUGCACUUUUGCACUCUCUCAAACUGAGACAGUUCACUAGUUUGUUUUAUGCCAGAUGAUGAGCUUGCUAGGGUUAAAUCCUAACAAACUAGCACUUUCUCAUCCAGUCAAGGGCCCCUUUAUGACAGAAUGUCUCUUACAAUGGAUGGGCGACAGCGGACAGAAAUGACUUACCGUUAUUGAUACACAAAAAAGGAGGGAACAGCAUCAAGGAACUCACUGACAGGAGAAACAAAGAGAGAUGCAGAUUUGAGCAAGGGGAAGAAUUUGUAAAUGCAUAAAUCCACACUGCAAUUAGAAUGCUGCUCCAUAUUAUCCACAGGAUUAGUUUUGAUGUUAGGAUCAAGUUAUUUCAGUUAAUUGUAAUAUCAUUAAAACACAAUACUAUGACCCCCAAAUCAAGCCCUCAGAAUUGCAGAUGUGAGCACUUGAAUGAGAUGACUUUUGCCCGGGUCGCUUUUCACAUACCUCAGCACAGAUUAAGAACUCCAAACUUUUUAAAUUAAACUCGUUUUUUUUUUCAAUGAAUUAUGUUUGAAUAGGAAUUCUACUCAGGACAAUUUUAGGUAGAAUCAAACUCUGUUCAACAGGAACAGAAAUAUAAAAGAAUGGAAAUGUGAUGCCUGGAUACUGAAGAAAAAUUCUGACGAAAGGAAACAUUAUUAAACAGUCUGAAUAAAUACCGGCAAGUUGGUAGAAAAUUUAUGCAAUCGGCUGAUUUGAAUUCUGCCAUAUAGCAUCAAAUAAAUACUCGAACAUGGACUGCAAUAAAACGGAACUGGAAUGAUGGUUUAUACCAAAGAUAGACACAAAAUGCCGGAGCAGGCAGCAGUUCUGUAUAAAAUAGAAAAGUAACGUUUUGAGUUGGGACCAUUCUUCUGACUAAUUUUAAGGUAGGGAGGGGGGGGUGACUGGAAGCAAGAAAAGACCUAUCAGGGAACCACCCUGCCUGUGGUCAUCUGUUGCUGGCCCUAAUUUGUCCUGGUCUUUUCUUGCAUCCAGUCCUCCCACUCCCCUUAUAAUCAAUCCGAAAAAGGGUCGAAACCCGAAAAGUCACCUAUCAAUUGUAUCCAGAUCGGCUCCAUGAUGCCUAACCUGCUGCUGAGAUACUCCAGCAUUGUGUGUCGAUCUUUCGGAUAUGGGCUGUAAUUGGUUUGGCACCUUUAAUUCUUUCAAUUCAUCACAGUAGAAGCACCAAUUGUAAUUUGAUUCAAUGAAAAGUUACCUGAAAUAUCAUUUUAAAAAAAUGUAUACUAUAUGGUGAGAAGACAAGAAGCCUGUUUCAUAAGCCACUGCAAUUACCUGGAAAAAUUGUAGCAUCAAACUUGUUUUUUGAUACAAAGGACUCAGUGGUGAUUACCCAAUAAAUGUCUCUGACCACCCAUUUUAGUGAAAGAUUAAAGGCAACUCGGGUUUCUCUUACAUAACAAAAUCCUCUGCAAAACUGUAAAAUCCUUUAACCUUCUGUAUGUUUAAGAAAGAACCGCAGAUGCUGGAAAAAUCGAAGGUAGACAAAAAUGCUGGAGAAACUCAGCGGGUGAGGCAGCAUCUAAGGGGCGAAGGAAUAGGUGAUGUUUCUGGUCAAGACCCUUCUUCAGACUGGUGGGGUGGGGGGGGGAGGGGAUGGGAAGAAGAAAGGAAGAGGCGGAGACAGUAGGCUGUGGGAGAGCUGGGAAGGGGAGGGGAAGGAGGGAGAAAGCAAGGACUACCUGAAAUUGGAGAAGCAAUGUUCAUACUGCUGGGGUGUAAAAUACCCAAGCGAAAUAUGAGGUGCUGCUCCUCCAAUUUGUGGCGGGCCUCACUCUGGCCAUGGAGGAGGCCUAGGCCAGAAAGGUCGGAUUUGGAAUGGGAGGGGGAGUUGAAGUGCUGAGCCACCGGGAGAUCAGGUUGGUUAAUGCGAACUGAACGGAGGUGUUGGGCGAAGCGAUCGCCAACUCUGCGCUUGGUCUCACCGAUAUAGAGCAGUUGACACCUAGAGCAGCGGAUGCAAUAGAUGAGGUUGGAGGAGGUGCAGGUGAACCUCUGCCUCACCUGGAAAGACUGCUUGGGUCCUUGGAUGGAGUCGAGGGGGGAGGCGAGAGCAGAUCUACGGGAUAUAGAGGAGACCCUGGUGAGAGCCUCAUCUAUAGUUGAAGAGGGGAACUCUCGUUCCCUAAAGAAUGAUGACAUCUCCGAUGGCCUGGUUUGGAACACCUCAUCCUGGGUGCAGAUGCGGUGUAGACGGAGGAAGCAGGGUGGGAAGAAGUGUAGUCCAGAUAGCCAUGGGAGUCAGUGGGUUUGUAGUAGAUGUCGGUCAGUAGUCUGUUACCUGCGAUGGAGAUGGUGAGGUCUAGAAACGGUAAGGAGAUGUCGGAAAUGGUCCAGGUGAAUUUGAGUGCCUGAUGGAAGUUAGUGGUGAAAUGGAUGAAGUCAGUGAUGGGUGCAGGAGGUAGCACCAAUGCAGUCGUCAAUGUAGCGGAGGUAGAGUUUGGGGAUAGGGCCACAGUACGCCUCGAACAAGGAUUGUUUGACGUACCCCACAAAGAGGCAGGCAUAGCUGGGGCCCAUGCGCAUGCCUUGGAUUUUGAGGAAAUGGGAGGAGUCAAAGGAAAGGUUGUUGAGGGAACUUUGUAGCUCAACAAAAUGCUCAGUAUAUUCAAGGAUGUUUCCGUUGCCUUGUCAAUUCUAGAGGACAAAUUCACUAUUAAUUAACCUUUGAAUGCUGCUGUGUAUCAGGAGAUUCAGAUUCGGAUUCAUAUUCAACUUUAAUUGUCAUUGUCAGUGUACAGUACAGAGACAACGAAAUAUAGUUCAUAAGUUAUAGGAGCAGAAUUAGGCCCAUCAAGUCUACUCUGCCAUUCAAUCAUGGCUGAUCUAUCUCUCCCUCUCAACCCCAUUCUCCUGCCUUCUUCCCAUAACCCCUGACACCCGUACUAAUCAGGAAUCUAUCAAUCUCCGCCUUAAAAAUAUCCAUUGACUUGGCCACCACAGUCUUCUGUGGCAAUGAAUUCCACAGAUUCACCGCCCUCUGACUAAAGGAAUCCCUCCUCAUCUCCUUUCUAAAGGUACGUCCUUUUAUUCUGAGGCUAUGGCCCCUGGUCCGAGACUCUCCCACUAAUGGAAACAUCCUCUCCACAUCCAAUUGAUUGAGAAUAUAUAAUAAAAUAUCCAAUUGCUGUUCACAAAGAUUUUGGUGCGAAAUGUCAGUCGAGUUCUCACGACCCCAGUGAAAAUGAAGAAGUGAGAACUGCACGAAUGUCAUUUAGCAUGCUCAGAAAUCUGCAGCGGUGCAUUUCCUUUCCCCUCAGCAACUGUAACGCAUGCACUGGCAGCAUGCAGUUGAGUCUUCUCACUCAAGUAGAAGCAGCUGGUAUUCAGACUAUCCUCUGGUGCACCCUAUAUCCAGGCACACCUUUAGCAUAUAAUUGAAAGCUAUUCAAGAGACUAAGUAUGAUGUUGGUUUAUUUUAAAAUGACUUAUCCAGGCAAAACAGUUAUUGUGACAAUUACCUUUUCUCAGUGCUUCAAAAUUGGAGAAACCAAGUUUCUAAGAGUGAAAUCAGAUUUAAAUUGUCUUGAACUUUAUGAAAUACAGGUUUCUUUGUGCAUGUGUUUUUGAAACUUGUAUCAAUGAAUAAAUCAAUAAAGGUGCGUGUAUCAAUCUA